AUGCAGGCCAGGCCGGCUCGGCGAGCCCCAGCCAGGCCGCUUCGGAGCCAUGCCGGCAGCAGUGAAGGCUGCUCUGGAGGAGGUGGCCGACCAGGGGGAGCUGGAGCACGUGAAGCCCAGCUGGGAGGCCCCCGAGCGGGAGAGGGAGAGGGCUGGGGUGCCCCCCUCUCUGGGAAGGUGCCCCGGGAGCUAGUGAAGAACUUCCCCCACACCAAACGUGUGGGGAGCUACCUGGUGGGCAAGAUGAUUAACAAGGGCUCCUUCGCUAAAGUUAUGGAGGGGCUACAUAUCAGCACGGGGGAGAAGGUGGCCAUCAAAGUGAUCGAUAAGAAGAAGGCUCGCCAGGACGCGUACGUGCAGAAGAACAUGAAGCGCGAGCCGCGGAUCCACCAGAUGAUCCGGCACCCCAACGUGGUUCUGCUGCUGGAGACGCUGGAGACGGAGAACAGCUACUACAUGGUCAUGGAGCUGUGUGCCGGAGGAGACCUCAUGGAGCGCAUCUGCCAGCACAAGAGGCUGGAGGAGAGGGAGGUCCGGAAGUACACCAGGCAGAUACUGUCUGCUGUGGAGCAUCUGCACAGACAUGGGAUUGUGCACAGGGACCUAAAGAUUGAAAAUUUCCUCUUGGACGAGCACAACAACAUCAAGAUCGUAGAUUUUGGCCUCAGUAACACUCUGAAGGUGGAGUCUGUGGCUGCGGAUCUGCUGAACACGCAGUGUGGAAGCCCCGCCUACGCCGCCCCAGAGCUGCUGGCCCACAAGAAGUAUGGCCCCAAAGUGGACGUGUGGUCAGUGGGCGUGAGCACAUUCGCCAUGUUGACAGGGACUCUACCUUUCACUGUGGAGCCCUUCAACAUCAAACAGCUCCAUCAGAAGAUGGUGAACGGAGAUAUCAACGCCAUCCCCUCAGACAUCAGCAGAGCUGCAGUGCAGUUUGUGCUGUGUUUGCUGGAGCCGGACCCUGAUAAGAGGCCUAGCAUAGAAACAGCCAUGGAGGAGAAGUGGCUGAAUGAGGGCUAUGCCAAGAGACCCCUCCACACCAUCACCUAUAAGAACAGGUUACGACCUGAAGAGCUGAACACCUCCAUUUUGAACUACAUGACUGAGUCGCUUGGGUAUGGCCUCUCUGAUGUCAUCCACACUGUCAUCAACAACAGACCCUCAACCAUCAUGUCAUCAUAUCACCUACUGCUGAAGAAACUCCUACGAGAACAGAGAGGGGCUAAGACCACGAAGAGAGUGGAGAACAGUGAGUGGGGUUUUCCCAGCAGGACCCUGUGGAGAGAGAAGACCAACACCACACCAAAGAACCAUCAGCAGGAGCGUAAUGGGACACACGUCAAUCUGGACCCUCCCCAGACUGACACAGCCAAUGUGAGGAGUGCCCGGCAGACCAGCAAGGUUCAGAGGAGCCAAUCACAGGAGAGGGAUUCACUGAGUGGCAGAAAGAGAGGUGAGGAGGUGGCCAGGGAAAAGCAGCCCAGCACAGAGCAGAGAGCGGCUUCACCAUCCCUGCCGUCUGUGGAAGGGAUCGCGGAUGAGGAGAUUGCCAUCACCCUGGAGACCAGAGACCUGCUGUUUCCUGAAGCAACCGAUGCCACCAAGGAGCCCUCUCCGCUGUCAGCCAAGCAGUCCCGCCCCAACGUCCUCCUUCCUUCCCAUUCGGACAACUACCCGGGGGAGGAGCCUCUGCCCAAUCAGCGCUAUGGCGACGAGAAGCUGGAAAAGCUCCAAACCUUCUACUCCGACAAGGCCUACAUGAUAUCUCCCAGGAUGCAUUUGGAGAGCAGGGCGGGGCAGCGUUUCAAAGACCUCCUAUUGGCCAUCGAAGAGAAGGCCACGCCCCCUGCCCGUCUCUUCAGCACCAUGGAAACCACCAACGGCGCUGCCUCGCAAGCCUCACCCCUCCCACGCUUGCGUCACACUGGAACGUUAAAGGACGCCGUCCCGCGGAAGGUGACCUGGGUGGGGCUUGCACGAGGAGGGGUCGUCGCUCCGGGGCCUGGCUCCUCCCCAUUCCUGGUGAAUGGUUCCAAGCCGCCAGCCUUUGCCAGCCAACGGCAGCAAGCCCUGGUGAUCAAGAGCCUCCGCCAUGCCAAGGAGAAGAGGGGCAGCGGACUGAGGGGGACCAUCCAGAGGCGGGUGGGGGAGCUGAACCUGCCCAUGCUGCCUGCAGCCUUCCAUAGCAAAGCCAACAAGAAGAGUGAACUACUGCGCAUGGACUUCAGCUGA